AUGCCGGGUCGACGAUCUGGCCGCGCUGCCGCAAAAAAGGCAGCGGCCGCGCUGGAAAACACCCCCCGGGGCUUCGUCGACGUCGAGGAUGAGCCCAUGCCCGACGCAGGCACCGCAGACAAUGCAUCCGAGCCCGAGGAGGGCCCCGCGCAGGACGACGACGAAGAAGACGAUGACGGCGAGCAUCAAGAUGUCAAAGGCGACGAUGACGGCGACGACGAUGCGACGGGCAAGGACGAGGAGUCGGCCAAGGAACCCACUCCACCGCCACAGCCCGUCAUCCGAAGAAAGCGGCUGGGCCGGCCGCCGAAGAACAAGCCGCCAGACUGGGACCCCAUGGUGACGGUGACGGACGACACGCCUCGCCGCAGAGGCCGCGGAGGGUGGCGCGGCCGCGGCGGCCGCAAGGGAGGCCCCGCGGUACCCAAGGCCGAGCAGGUGGUGGACGCCGAUGGCACCGUGGCCGAUAUUGUCGACGACGAGUGCGUCCUCGCCCAAGACGCCGAGGGCGAGGCCAAGGUGGACAAUCUGGGCAACCUGGCGGGCGGGCGCGAGUACCGGUGCCGAACCUUUACGGUGCUGGGGCGCGGCAACCGGCUCUAUAUGCUGUCGACGGAGCCCGCCCGGUGCGUGGGCUUCAGGGACAGCUACCUCUUCUUCACCAAGCACCGGAAGCUAUACAAGAUCAUUGUCGACGAGGACGAGAAGCGAGACAUGAUUGAGCGGGAGAUCAUCCCGCACUCGUACAAGGGCCGCUCGAUAGGAGUCGUGACGGCGCGCUCAGUCUUUCGCGAGUUUGGCGCCAGGAUCAUCGUCGGCGGCAAGCGCAUCGUCGACGACUACAACGUGGCUCAGGCCAGGGCCGACGGCGCCGUCGAGGGCGACCUCGCCGACCCGGACGACCGCUUCGUGCCGGGCGAGCCCUACAACAAGAACCAGUACGUGGCCUGGCACGGGGCCAGCGCCGUCUACCACACAAGCGUGCCCGCAGUGCCCGUGCCCAGUGGCAAGCCCGAGUACAAGAAGCGCAAGGUCAAUGUCAACGACACCAACUGGAUGCUGGAGCAUGCGCGCGAGGCCAGCAUCUUCAACUCGGGCAUCAACGCGAUCCGCAAGCUGAACAACUCGGGCGUCUACGACAUUCACACCAACAUGAUGCAGUACCCGGCCAUUAUGCAGCCGACUCUGGCUCGGGUAGAGCAGGUGGCACCUGGCGCGGACGAAGAGGACGGCAGCAGCGGCAGCAAGUUCCCUCCGGUGCCGGCGAGGAUCUCGAGAAAUCUGCUAGUGACGGACACGCACUUCGAGAGCCCGCCGGCGGGCGCGGCGGUGACGGCAGUGGACAGGCCUGACGCGGCGGACCUGCUCGGGGCCUUUCACGGGCUCGGGUCUGUGUCGGACGAGGUCAAGGAGCUGCUGCCGCCCGAGUGCCGGCAGGCGUUUGACGAGGCUCUGCGACAGGACAGGGAGUGGAAGUCGCGGUGGGGCACCGAGAAGGAGAAAAUGGCGCGACGCGAUCCCAUUAUCGACAAGGCCAUUGUGCCGUAUUCCAUGGGCUGA